AUGCACAGACACGGGGCCUGGCAGGAGAGCGUGUCCCCCCGGGAGCUGCAGCGCCGGGGGCUGUGCCUGCUGGGGCUGCGGGCUGACAGGCCCCGCACCGGCCUCUACGGCCCCCCGCUGGUNNNNUUCCAGCCCCGGACACAGCCCGGGCUGCCCUGCAACAGCUUCGGGCCUGGGGACAUCGUGGGCCUGUACGACUCAGCUGGCCGGGGUGAGCUGCUCUGCACUGGGGUGGUGACCCGUGUCACCCCCCAGGCUGUGACAGUGGCCUUUGAGGACUGCAGGGAGGGCCCCUCCAGCCUGGGCUGGGAGGGCUGCUACCGCCUGCUGAAGUUGGCCAACGAUGUCACCUACAGCAGGCUGAAGAGAGCUCUGUGUGCACUCCAGCAGUACCCUGGGGGUCCAGCCUCUGCCCUGAUCGAUGUCCUCUUCUUCACCUCUGCUCCCAGCACAGCCAGUGAAACAAGGCCUCUCAAGUUUUUCAAUGACUCCCUGGAUGCCUCACAGAGGGAGGCUGUCUCCUUCUCACUGGCACAAAGGGAGCUUGCCAUUGUCCAUGGACCUCCUGGUACAGGGAAGACAACAACACUAGUGGAGAUCAUCCUGCAAGCUGUACAGCAAGGCCUGAAAGUCCUGUGCUGUGCCCCUUCCAACGUGGCAGUGGACAACCUGGUGGAGAGGCUGGCAGGCUGCAGAGCCCGCCUGCUGCGCCUGGGCCACCCCGCGCGCCUGCUGGAGCCCAUCCAGCAGCACUCCCUGGAUGCUGUCCUGGCCCGGGGGGACAAUGCCCAGAUAGUGGCAGAUAUCAGGAAGGACAUCGACCAGGCCUUGGCAAAAACCAAAAAGGCUCAAGACAAGGGGGAGCGAAGCCACUUUCUGAGUGAGAUUAAGGUGCUGAGAAAGGAGCUGAAGGAACGAGAAGAGGCAGCCAUGGCUGCAGCCCUCACCCAUGCCAGUGUCAUCCUUGCCACGAAUACAGGCGCCUCCCCCGAUGGCCCGCUGAAGCUGCUGCCUGACAAUCACUUUGACCUGGUGGUGAUAGACGAGUGUGCCCAGGCCCUGGAAGCCAGCUGCUGGAUCCCUCUGCUGAGGGCUCCCAAGUGCAUCCUGGCUGGGGAUCACAAGCAGCUGCCCCCCACCAUCAUCUCCCACAACCACCGCGCCCGCGUGACAACCCACCCCUCCGUGGCACAGCAUCUGCUCAAGGACCUGCCGGGUGUUGCCUCUACAGAAGAGACCACAAUUCCCCUGUUGCUGAUAGACACUGCUGGCUGUGACCUGUUUGAGCUGGAAGUGGAAGAUGAACAGUCCAAAGGGAAUCCAGGGGAGGUGCAGCUGGUGGGUUUGCAUGUCCAGGCCUUGGUGGAAGCUGGUGUGAAGGCACAAGACAUCGCUGUGGUGGCCCCCUACAACCUGCAGGUGGACAUGCUGAGGGAGCACCUCUGCCACAGGUACCCAGAGCUGGAGAUCAAAUCAGUCGAUGGUUUCCAAGGAAGAGAGAAAGAGGCAGUGAUCCUGUCCUUUGUGAGGUCCAACAGGAAAGGUUCCCAGCCUGACCUUGUAGUGUGGGGCACCAGGAAAGGCCCCCAGCGCUUCGUCAGCGUCAGCAAGGAGCCCCUGCAGCCCCCCCAGCCCAGCCGGGAGCUGCCCCCUCCUCAGCCACAGCCUCCCAGCCCUGCUCAGCCCGGAGGAAGCAGUGGGGGCUCAGGGAACGUGGACCUGAAAACCCUGCACCUGGAGAGGGUUGAGAGGGAGAAAGCCCGUCGGGAGGAGGCAGCCAGGAAGGCUCAGGAGCCCAGGAGCAGCCCCCAGGGCAGCAGCAGGAGGAAGGACAAAAGCCAAGCCAAGGGGAAGCCAGCAGCCAGGAGCAUGGCAGAAGAGGACAUCGAUGCCCUGAUCCCACUGCAACAGGCGCUACUGCUUCAGCCACCACCUCCCCGAGGGAAGCCAGCAGCCAGGAGCGUGGCAGAAGAGGACAUCGACGCCCUGAUCUCUGCUGCCAUCAAGGCUGACAACACCUGCAGCCUCCCCAGCUGCCCAGCCAGCCUGGCAGCCCUGGGCCAGCUCUGCUCCCACUGCAACAGGCGCUACUGCUUCAGCCACCACCUCCCCGAGGUCCAUGGCUGUGGGGAGAAGGCCAAGGCCCAGGCACGGCAGAGGAUCAGCAGAGAGGGGGUUCUCUACCCCGGGAGUGGCUCCAAAGACAAAUCCCUGGACCCAGCCAAGAGGGCCCAUCUCCAGCGGCGCCUGGACAAGAAGCUCAGCGAGCUGACCAGCCAGAGGAAGAGCAAGAAGAAAGACAAGGAGAAAUGA